UGGAGCUGGUCCUCCGGCGCAGGGCGGGCGUAAGGCGGCGCUGCAUCCCCUCCGGAGCCCCAUCCGGCCUCCAACUCCCGGCGAUCCGGGUCCCUGGCUGGGUCCGUCGGCCUGGCGGUGUCCCCUCCGGAGGGGAGCCCCGCCCGGACCCUGCCUGGCUCCCUCCGGCCAGGAGCACCAUGAGGCCCAGGCUGCUGAUGCUGAUGCUGAUGCUGAUGCUGGUGGUGGUGGGUCCGGGCUGCGUGGCUCCGUCGGGGCUGCCGCUGGGCCUCCGCCUGCCUUUGCGCGGAGGGAGCCCCUCUCCCCCGGCCUCCCCGGGGCUGGAGGCGAGGGAGCCCGAGGCCCGAGGCAGGCGCUGGGCCCAGGAGGAGGAGGAGAGCAGCAGCACCAGCAGCAGCAGCAGCAGCUUCGUGGCCAGGAUGGAGGACAACCUGCGCGGGAAGUCCGGACAGGGCUACUACCUGGAGAUGGCGCUGGGAAGCCCCCCGCAGAAGCUGAAUAUCCUGGUGGACACAGGGAGCAGUAACUUUGCUGUGGGAGCAGCUCCUCACCCUUUCCUCAGGCGGUACUACCGGCGUCAGCUCUCCAGUACCUACCGGGACCUGCGGAAAGGGGUCUAUGUGCCCUACACGCAAGGGAAGUGGCAAGGAGAGCUAGGCACUGACUUGGUGGCCAUCCCCCAUGGGCCAAACGUCACUGUCCGUGCCAACAUCGCUGCCAUCACGGAUUCGGACAAGUUUUUCAUCAACGGCUCCAACUGGGAAGGGAUUCUGGGACUGGCCUAUGCGGAGAUUGCCCGGCCCGAUGACUCCCUGGAGCCCUUCUUUGACUCGCUGGUGAAGCAGACACAGGUGCCCAACAUCUUCUCAUUGCAGCUCUGUGGAGCAGGCUUCCUGCCCAAUGACACCGAGGCCUUGGCAUCCGUGGGGGGCAGCAUGAUCAUUGGAGGCAUCGACCCAUCCCUCUACCGGGGGAGCGUCUGGUACACCCCAAUCCGGAAGGAGUGGUAUUACGAGGUUAUCAUUGUUAAGAUUGAGAUCAAUGGGCAGGACCUCCAGAUGGACUGCAAGGAGUACAAUUACGACAAGAGCAUCGUGGACAGUGGCACCACCAACCUCCGUCUGCCUAAGAAGGUCUUUGAUGCAGCUGUGAAGUCUAUCAAGACGGCCUCUUCGACAGAGAAGUUCCCUGACGGCUUCUGGUUGGGGGAGCAGCUGGUCUGCUGGCAAGUGGGCACCACCCCUUGGCACAUCUUCCCAGUCAUCUCUCUCUACCUGAUGGGCGAGACCACCAACCAGUCCUUCCGGAUCAGUAUCCUGCCCCAGCAAUACCUGCGGCCCGUAGAGGACGUGGCUACCUCUCAGGACGAGUGCUACAAGUUUGCCAUCUCCCAGUCCUCCACCGGGACCGUCAUGGGGGCCGUCAUCAUGGAGGGCUUCUAUGUGGUCUUUGACCGGGCCCGCAGGCGCAUCGGCUUUGCCGUCAGCACCUGUCAUGUCCACGAUGAAUUCCGGACGGUGGCGGUGGAGGGGCCCUUCCUGCAUGGCGACAUGGAGGACUGUGGGUACAACAUCCCCCAGACAGACGAAUCCACUCUGAUGACCAUCGCCUACGUCAUGGCUGCCAUCUGCGCCCUCUUCAUGCUCCCACUCUGCCUCAUGGUCUCCCAGUGGCGCUGCCUCCGAUGCCUCCAGCGAGGCCACGAUGACUUUGCUGAUGACAUUUCCUUGCUCAAGUGAGACUUUUCUCUCCCCCACCCACGUGCCGCCCGACUGGUGCCCUCCCUAAGCCUAUGGUGACAAUGGUGGCAACGGUGGCAUGGACAUGGACUCCAAGGGGGACGACAGACUCACUCCCUGCUCUGCCCUUGAGGGCCCCCUUUACGUUUCCAUGGGGGGCCUUGCUGCCGAUCUCUCAGGGCCACGGGGGGCCUGACAGCAGGGGAUUGGUUAGCUUGUGGCAAAAAGAUGCUCAAACUCUGCUCCCCACGGUGAGCAAAAGCAACCGACUCCCCUCCUCCUGCUCCUCUUCAUCCUCUUCCUCCAUAUUCUUCUUCUACCCCUUCAGUGGGUGGGAGAUGCCUCUUGCCAGCGCCAUGCUGGGAAUGUGUGAAUGGGGUUGAGUGGGGCUUGGCGCGUGUGGCCUUCUGGAGCUCUUGCAUUGCUCUGGGAGUUCCAGGAUGCACUUUCCUCCCAUUGUUGCUUUGAAGUUGUUGGCGUGUGCCGCUCUCCCUCUACUCCCCAAAGGCAGCUGAUGUUGAAGACUGUCCAUGAAGUCUAGGAACGUAGAAGGCUUUCCGGGGAAAGCUAACAGGGAGGAGCCCUCCAGUGUUGCUUCUGCGUAGAGCUGGCGAGAGUAGCUGUUGUUUCUUAAGGGGCUUCUUUGUGUGAGUGCACAUCUUUCUCUCUUAAAAUAUAUAUAUAGAUAUACAGAUAUAUAUAUAUAUGUACAAAAGUGGGAAACAGAGAGGGGGUCCUUGUUGUUGCCCACUUUGGGGGGGGGGUCCGUGCAGGCUCUCCCCUUUGCACUUUGCCAGGGGCCCCUGAUCCAAGGACCCCCAGAAUAGAUCUGGGCCCAAUACCUGGCACUCCACAGUGUCCAUUUUGGCACAAGGGAGACCCAGUUUGUGAGUCAAAACAGGUGGCAGACAGAGGAUUCCCUCCAGUUGAAGAGAGGCUUUGUGGGCCCCUAGAAGAUGGUCCCCUUCAUUUCAGGAGCCUAAAGGUCCGUGUAUUUUUUCUGUAGCCAGUGAUAUGGGGGAGUAACAUCUCCCCUCUUCAGGACCCCAUCUCUCUAGCUGUCCUCUCGCUGCCUUUCCUAUUUCUUCUCUUAUCUUCAAGGGGGUCUUGGCCCCCAUCCUGGCUCAGGUGGACUCUGCUUGGACUGGCACCACUCCCCUUCCUCCACAGAUUCCCCCCUUUGUCUCCCCAUGAGCUGGCCUCUGGGGCUGCAGUGACAAGCAGGUUCUCGGUUUCUCUGGAGUCCCAAAGAGAGCCCCAUCUCCACCGCACUGGAAGACUUGACAGGUCUGGACCCUUCCCCCAAAUAAGGGAUAGCCCCCAUACAUUCCAUCAGACAACACUUUGCAUGACCUGCUGCGGGUGGCUGCCUGCCCUUCCCAGCAUUUAGGCAAAGGUGAACUCUAGGUGGAACCAGGAGAAAUUCCCUUUCCUUCCUUCCUUCCCCAAAGGAAUGUGGGGUCUCCCCAUCACCCCUUCCUAAGCUCCCUUCUGGUGUUUGGCUUCAUGUUUCAUGGCUCUCCUGGGAGACUCUUGGCUGUGCAUCAGGACAGUGUGAGGCUCUCAGCUGCCCUCCUUUCCAUCCUCUUUGGUGGGACAAAUCCUUUUCUCCUUCUGUCCAUAACAGAGUAUGGCCAUCUCUCCCAUCUCCCUCAUCUUCCAGUGACUGACACCUUGAGGCCAGCACCCCACAGAUCAGCUCUAGGCAGCUGCUGGUGGCCCAGUUUGUGUCCACACCAAGCAUUAUCAGGUGAACAUAGGCACUCUGCUAAACAGGCCGCUCUGGGUGAAGGGUCGGAAUCCUGUGUGUUGAGUGUUGUCUGUGCCAAGUGGCCCCAGUGGUUCUCUGAGAGGGGGACUCUUUCAGACCAAGGCCUUUGAGAACCCUUCCUGGAGAUGCGGGUGGCACACUUUGGCCAUGGGCAGUGGCUACAGAGAUGAGAGGGCUGGCUGACCCCCUGGAAGGGAGUGAUGGAGCUUUAACCUUUCAGUUUGCUGGCCUCCUCCUUGUUGAGUCCAGAAGCUCUUUCUUGCAGGUUGGGACAGAGGGGCCAAGGCAAGGAAGGGUCAAAACUUUGUGUUGUUUCCCAUCUCUCCUCCUGGGGUGGCUACUGGUACCUUGGGGUUCAGCGUCCAAGAGACUCUGGCUGCCACAUCAUCUCCCUAUUUCCAGGAAGAGGAGACAGGAGCCCCAGCAGCUUGCAGGAGCGAUGGGGACCAAAUAGUGCCUGUCCAUCUCCCCAAGUGAUAGGGGGAGCAACUGACACCCCCCCCCCCCAACCCCUGCAGGGCUGAGCCCUUCCCCUGGCAUUGCUCUGUGGAAGAGGCUCUUUGUUUAAGUCCAGGGUCACUGGAAGAGAUGGCUUGUUUCCUUUACCUUCCUCAUUCCUCAUUCCACAUUUCCAAUUCUUUUCUCUUUUAA